CAAUUGUGUGACAAAAAGUUGCAAUUAUUAUAAUUUUUUUUAUUCAGUGGUGGAAACAAGCUUCCAUAACAUAGCUAUGUGUCUACAGUCAUUUCUGAUGAACGUUCUUCAGAUGGUCAAUGUGCAACCCAAUCACACUAAAUGCGUCUCUAAAACUAAUUUUCACGUAUAAAUUGACGAUUGCACGCAUUUUUCAGUCACAUCUGCAAAGUACACGGGUAACUCAAACUCGUGGAUUAUUGCUCUGUCUACUUUCAGGUCUUUUGCCUUUAUUAGUAGAGCAGACAGAAGGAGAAUAUGACACAGGUGAGACUCGAACCCGAUCCCCAUGAGCCAACAGCUCAAUAUUAAAGCCUUCUAUGUGCAAUUUAAACAUUUGCAUGCCGUUAAAGGCAAACAUAAUUGCCUCUUAAAGCACACCUGGCCCCAGAAUGGCCCCUUUAAAUAGUAACCGGUUGGUGGUUUGGGGACAAAUUUAUUGAUAUACGUCCCCAGAUGUUAGUUAAAUAUGGCUCGAUUCGGGCACAGGCUCAAAAAGAAAAGUGGCUUUUGCAGUUUAGGUUAGUCAUUAUAAUGAGCUUUAAAUAAAAAUCAACUCUAUGGUAUGUUCUCGAUCACACAAACAUCCGAUAUACCAUAUAUGUAUCGGGCCCACAACUGAAGCAGAGCAUUAUGGGGGAUCCCUGUAAAUCCUAAUGACAUGUUUCAUGUGAUGUGACCACCAUUGUGUUUACUAGUCAGUGUAUAUAUUUAGAUAGAAAGGAAGCAAAUGGGUUUUAUUGCAUCUUUGACUAAUAUCUGCAGAAUCGACUCGUGCGUAACACACACACACACGUGAGAUUUCCCUUUUGAGUGUCCAUCCAGGAACAUUUGGACCCUGGAGAGUUUGGAGGAAAAAUAUACGUUUUACAUUUAGAAGCAUCGCCUACAUUUCCCACAGAUAUGGCGAGCGCUUGGGUAAAGUCAGCCAGCGACGGGUCACAGGGCAUGUGUGUGUGUUAGUGGUUUGGCUCAGUCUCGCAGGUUUAGGUGCAUGUGUGUCUGUUUGCCAGCCUGCGGUUGCUGGAACACAUGUGUGUGUGUGUGUGUGUGUGUUGUUGUCAUUGGAAUGCAGAAAGGGGCAAGGACGUUUCUCCAUUGUCAAACCAAUCACAAACUCAAGCAGCCGUGUGUGUGGGUGACGGAGAGAGUAUAAACACGCCGGCGGCCGGACGGACGACACACACACAGAAGAAACGAACACCGUCGACUGAGAGAAGAACCGAGACCUGAGGAAGCAUGAAGACUCUGGGGCUCCUGUCUGUCUGCGCUCUGCUGUCUGUCUGCGCGUCUAUGGGAGUGUACACAGAGCCUGAACCUGCAGAUGUGGUGGUUCCUCCAUCCCUGGCUCCUACUGAAACGGCCUCGUCAUCCUCAUCUGCCUCAGAUUCCUCUUCAUCUUCCUCUUCCUCCGAGUCCGACUCUGCAUCCGACUCCGCAUCCGACUCCACGUCUGAUUCGGCCUCAGAUUCAUCCUCUUCCUCGUCUGAAUCAAACUCUGUCAGCGCUGAAGGCACGCCUGCCACUCAUGUCCUGCUGAAGAGAGACGUGGCGGCUUCACUCCUGAGACACCGGAGAGCGGGAGCACCGGCGGCCGAUUUGAGUCUUCAACAGCUGGAGAGUUUGCGAGAGGUGUGUGAAGCGAAUCUGGCCUGUGAACACAUGGCUGAGACGGCUGGGAUCGUGGCGGCCUAUACGGCAUAUUAUGGACCAAUUCCAUACUAACACACACUGACUUCUGAUCCUAUAUCUGACUGAUAUGUUUUACCCCCAAACCCCCUUUUUUUUUUUGUCAGAACGUGUGUGUUUUUUAACGCCUGCCAUGCAACUUACUGUUUCAGGUUUUGCUGUCACAAUUCCUCAUGUUUUAGUGAUUGAGAUAUGAGUGCAAUUGAAUUGAAAAGCCUCCAAAUGCCAUUUGAAAUUUUCUUCUUCAAUGAUGAUUUCAGUAAUUUCACUUAAAUAAUUAUCAUUGCCAUUUAAGUGAAAUUACUGAACUUAAAUAUACAAGUUUGAUAAAAAAAAUCAUCAUUAACGAAGAAAAUUUCAAAUGGCAUUUUUAGAGGCUUUUGCAUCUGAACUCUUCAAUUAGACUCUGUGUUAUUGAAGUGUGUUAAACUCCUUUAUAUUCUUAUUAUGCAUAUGUAUAGAAUAAAAUCACAGUUAGGAUAACUUCAUUAGACACUUUAAAAAGAUUUCAGUAGUGGAUCAUGUUAGUGUUGCGAUUCAAAGGUGCUAUUACACACAAAUUAUUUGUCGUGUUCUGUAUAUAAAACACAUGUUCUGUUGACAUUUUUUUUGUCAAUGAUACUUUAUUUUUUUGUGCACAUAAUACUUGUAUAGAGCGUAUACUGUAAUAAAAAGAAUAAAAAAAUAUAAUGAUAUUGUCA